CAAGUUUUUUUAUUUGUUCUUCUCCACAUUCAUCAUCCGUGCGGGAAAAAGAAAAAAAACUUUAAUCGCGCUGGUUUUUGAAUCCAAUCUCAAUUAGGUAUUUUGAUUAUCUGUUUCUCAAAUUAUGGCUCAGGCGGUGGAAGAAUGGUAUAAGCAGAUGCCGAUUAUAACAAGGUCGUAUCUCACGGCGGCUGUUGUCACCACCGUCGGAUGUUCCCUCGAGAUAAUAUCACCGUAUAAUCUGUACCUGAAUCCAACCCUUGUGGUGAAGCAGUAUCAGUUAUGGCGCCUCGUUACAAAUUUUCUUUAUUUCCGUAAUAUGGAUUUGGACUUCUUGUUCCAUAUGUUUUUUCUAGCUAGAUACUGCAAGCUCCUUGAAGAAAACUCCUUUAGGGGAAAGACUGCUGAUUUUCUUUACAUGCUCUUGUUCGGUGCAACUGUUUUAACCGGGAUUGUUCUCAUUGGUGGAACCAUACCUUAUUUGUCAGUCUCACUCUCCCAAAUCAUUUUCCUCAGCAACUCUUUGACUUUCAUGAUGGUUUAUGUAUGGAGCAAACAGAACCCUUACGUCCACAUGAGUUUCCUUGGCCUUUUCACUUUUACAGCUGCGUAUUUACCAUGGGUACUUCUUGGAUUCUCCGUCCUUGUUGGUGCAAGUCCCUGGGGUGAUUUACUGGGAAUGAUAGCAGGUCAUGCGUAUUACUUCUUGGCCUUUGUGUAUCCACGAAUGACGGAUAGACGUCCCUUGAAAACCCCAUCUUUCCUCAAAGCCCUAUUCGCCGAUGAGCCUGUGGUGAUUGCACGGCCUGAAGAUGUGAGGUUUGCUCCUGCCCCUUUUGAUGAAAUCCACCAAGACUGAGUCUUCAUCCUCCACACAGCACAGUUUAAGUUAAGGGCACCAUAGUGUACACAUUCAUUUACUCUUGAUUGUGGAUAAUGUGGAAUUUUUUGUUAGUUUUUUCCCUUGUCCGACUUACAUUUAUGUGUUUACCCCUUUGUGCAUAUAUGAACGCAUAUUUUGUACAAAAUCUCCAAAAAUUCAAGUUUAUAAUAGUCAGUUCAUUAAAUCA